GCUGAUCUGGAGAGCUGGACUCGAUCUUUCUUUCUUCCAUUGGAGGACGCAAAGCAGAAGACUGACCAUCACCUGCCUUCCUACAGGACACCGGUCACUCAGAGGUUAUUGAUUUAUUGAUCCAGUGAUGGAGCUGAUUGUGAAGCUUGUGAGCGGAGAGUGCCGCAGUGUGCGCGUGAGUGGAAAUGCCACGGUGGGCGAGCUGAAGCGGGCGGCUGCGCAGAGCUUCGAUGUGGCCACCUCAUGCGUGCGGAUCUCCACGGGCAACGGGCUGCGGGUGAGCCUGGAGAACGAGCUCACUCCACUGAGCAGCUACGGCCUCAGCUCAGGCUCCACCGUCAUGCUGCUGCUGCUCGCACCUUUCCAGGUGUUCGUCAAAAACGAGAAGGGCCAGGUGAAAACCUACGACGUGACCGAGGAGGAGACGGUCAGCGAGCUGCAGAGGAAGGUCUACAACAAGGAGGGCACCCCCAUUGACCAGCAGAGGCUGAUCUUCGGCGGCAGGCAGCUCGAAGCCGGGAAGCUGAAGGAGUACGGCAUCGCCAACGGAAGCACCAUUCACCUGACCCUCCGUCUGCGGGGGGGCUAACGAGGCUAACAGACCUCCUUCGGGCCGUUUCAGUGCUCUUUAAACGAGCCCUCGUCGACUUGACUUCACUCUUACUGGACUCUUUUCCAUAACUUUGUUAGUACAAGUUUAUUAAAUGAGGCCUACGGCAGUUUCACAGAGCAGCGUUCCUCCUGUUAGCCUUUUAGCUUACAACUACUUUAUGUAGUCUGCCAAAGCUAAUGCUGAACAGUGUUGAGACUGCACUUGUUUUCUGUUUGUUUUCAUACUAAAAUGAAAAAAAAAAAAGUUAAAAAUGGUUUAGAAGCUGCACUUUCAACAUCAUUUCUGUGUGUUACAUAAAUAAAAAUGACUAUUUAAAAUUCUUAAUAUAUUUUUUAAAUAAUCAAAGAACCUGCUUUUGUUAUCGCCGGCGAUAACUGCACCUUAAGCCCAAACUCAGGCCUGUCCAAUAGGAGGAGAGGCCACGGAUCUUCUUCAUUCCUAUUGGACAGUCCUCACUUUUGGUCUAAGUGAUCCAGUUUAGUGAGAAAUCCUGCUUUGGGAAACAUUUUCCUGUUUUUUUUAAGAUUUAAUGUUUUAAGUUAUACUCAUAUAUUUAAUUAUAUGCUUUAGUUAUAUUUAUUCACUCUAGGCUAUGUGCAGUGCUGCCACUGUUAACGUUAGCACAGUUUAGCUGUUGAAGUCUAACAUGCCAAGUAUUUUCUCUGUGACCAACAUGUUUUUAAGUGAUGUUCCCUUGUAAACACCUGCUGUUCAUUAAAUUAUUGCUUUGUUAAAACA